GAACAAUAUCCAUUAUUCAGGCAAGAUUCCCCAUGCCCAAAUCGUAGUAGAUAGCUCAUACAUUUAGGCGGGAACACUAUUCACAAAUUUCUUCUACCUUGUACUCCCUCUGUCCCUCAGUUUUUUUCCACUUUUGACUUUUGGAACUAUUCAUCUAAGCACUUUGACUCAUCAAAUUCUCUCAAUGUGUAAGCCUAAAUAUAGUCAUGUGUGAUCUUGUUUGAUUUUUCUUAACAUAUAGAUUAUUAAUAUAUAAUUUUUAUAAUUUUUUAAUAUACAAAUUACAAGAUAAAAUGGAUUAAAGAAGUGCAUUGGAUGAUCUGGUCUCGUUCUCUCUCAUCAUCUUGCUUAGAUAUGAUCUUCCUGGAAAAAGAAAUGGAGGCCUCUUUCUCUGAUUUUGAUUUAUGCUCAAUUAUCCCAGAGACUCCAGAUGUCGGAGUUAAGGAUUCCGAUCCGUCUCUGCAUGCGUUUCAUGAUGGUGAAUCGUUGCCCCCUCAAUUGGUUGCCCUUUAUGAACCACUCAGUGAAGCUGCGAAGCUGGAAUUUGAUCCAAGGUUCACUGUUCCACCUGAGUACCAUGCACCAUCUACAAAGGCACUUUUAAACAUAUGGCUUCCAUUGAUGUUUAACCAACGGGGCAGGGAUUCAACAUCUGAGCAUGACGGUGGGAAGGUGGUGACGGUCAAAGUUUCUGAUCAGUCGCCCUCUGUGCACUGGUCAGUGGCAAGCAUAAAAAAGAGACCUCGUGUCGUAUGCCACGCUCUUUCACUAGUUGAUUCCGAUGACAAUAAUGAGGACAAAAGGGCAUAUCUACGAGCGGUUGUGUCGAGGCUUGUGGGAUUCAAGUUCUCGAGUUGUAAACGGUUUGUUAAGCACCCAUUCUCCAAUCCAUAUCUAGCAAUGACAAAUGUUCAUGAGCUUUGGCAACGCUUCUGUGUCAGGGCUUACUGACUGAGAGUACUUCCUUAUACAGCUCAGGGAGCGACUGCAGGAUCAGGUCCGUUGCCAACUCCUUCUGCAAGGAGAACCCGAGUUUCCCCAGAUUGGUUAUGUAACCAAUCAUUUUGAGAACGUGCGGACCGACCGGGUUCCCUGAAGAGAGCUUGCAACUAAAGAGAGCCUUACUCACGAGAAAACGUUCAUGCCUGGAUUGCCCCUGGUAUAGCUGCCGCAAGGCCACGAUCAUCUCAAUUACUUCAAAAAUACAAAAUAAAUACUUUUACGUGUU